GGCGGCAGCGUCAUACGACUCUUCCACAAGGAGCUGGAGGCUUACCUGGUCGCCGAGGGGCUGUUUGACGAUGAUGUCACUGAAGACGGUAAGCCGGAAAUACGUCGUUUUGCUCUUGUCGUGUGUCGUAGAUAUGUUUGGUUUAUGUUGUGUGUCUUUGAGAUGUUUUGUCGGUGUUGUGUGUCGUGGGGGUGUUUUGUUGAUGUCGUGUGUCGUAGAUAUGUUUGGUUCACGCUGUGUGUCUUUGAGAUGUUUUGUCGGUGUUGUGUGUCGUGGGGGUGUUUUGUUGAUGUCGUGUGUCGUAGAUAUGUUUGGUUCACGCUGUGUGUCUUUGAGAUGUUUUGUCGGUGUUGUGUGUCGUGGGGGUGUUUUGUCGACGUUUUGUGCCGUGUAGUUGCAUUGUUGAUGUUGUGUGUCAUGGAGAUGUUUUGUUGAUGUCGUGUGUCGUAGAGAUGUUUUGUUCAUGUCGUGUGACGUAGAGAUGUUCACGAACCUCUGUGCCCACGAAUGCUGAUGUCAUCUCUAUCCUCUAACGCAGUGGUUCUCAACCUUUCUAAUGCCGCGACCCUUUAAUACAGUUUCUCGUGUCGUGGCUACCCCCAGUCACACAAAUAUUUUCGUUGCUACUUCAUAGCUGUAACGAUAUGUGUUUUCAGAUGGUCUUAGGCGACCCCUGGAAAAGGGUCCCGCGACCCCUUUAGGUUGAGAACCGCUGCUCUAACGCAAAACGUCUUUACGCAUUACCAUCAUAAUGUGGCCUAGCAUUUUAAAUUUUACUGGAUAUUAACUUUACAAUUUGAUUUGUUUAUAGGAGACUUUGUUUAAAGGAGAUUUGUUCAUACACUAUUUGUUAAUAGUAUUUGGGACUUGAGUGGCAUGUAGCUUAUAAAGAUUAUAUUGCGUGUUUGUGGCUUUAUCUUCAAGCGUACUUUUUACCAAACAGACCAAUUAUAAGAGUGUUGGACUGCGAGAAAGCUUUCAAUAGAUUACUGAGACAUCCCCACAAGACAACUACGUUCUUCCAUUGACAGUAGAACCCUCUCAAUCCCAAGAACUAAAACUAAGACCAUCGGUGAACGCUCCUUCUGCUUCCAUGGGCCCACGUUCUGGAACCAGCUCCCCUUCCAUAUACGUCAUAGUGAAACCUCGUCCAUUUUCAAAAAGUCCCUUAAAACUCACCUGUUUAGGUCCGCCUAUGACCUGUGAUGCACCCUCCUUGCCCUACCUAAUUUUCUGUUUCGGUUUAAUCCUGAAGUGUCAAAGUGUCCUCUUUUUAUAGCCAUUUUCAUUGUUUCUAUAGAAUAGUAGUUACUAUCCUAGUGUCUCAUUUGUAUUUACUUUGAACUAAAACUAAGACCAUCGGUGAACGCUCCUUCUGCUUCCAUGGGCCCACGUUCUGGAACCAGCUCCCCUUCCAUAUACGUCAUAGUGAAACCUCGUCCAUUUUCAAAAAGUCCCUUAAAACUCACCUGUUUAGGUCCGCCUAUGACCUGUGAUGCACCCUCCUUGCCCUACCUAAUUUUCUGUUUCGGUUUAAUCCUGAAGUGUCAAAGUGUCCUCUUUUUAUAGCCAUUUUCAUUGUUUCUAUAGAAUAGUAGUUACUAUCCUAGUGUCUCAUUUGUAUUUACUUAGUUUACAUGUUUUAAAAAUUGUAAAGCGCUUAGAGCUUUAUGAUAAGCGCUAUAUAAAAAUGCCUAAAUAAAUAAAUAAAUAAAUAAAACUAUCUGCGUAAAUAAAGCAGUGUAGUUAGAUCAGCUUAAAUAAUGAACAUCACAGAAUGCACAACUUUACUUCCACUCACUUGGCGCUCUUCUUUACAAUGCAAAUUGUAUAUAAGCUAGGGUCCUAAAUAUUCACCAAAAAAAAAACUGCAUUGCAUAUACUUUGAGAUCCCCUACGAUCAUUUCUUGUUGUUGUCUAGUUGCAUUGUCUAUACUGUCUUCAUCAGUUAUUUUCUUCGCGACAGUUUUUCUUGAGUAACAUUUUUUAGUCUCUCCAAUCUGAUACUAUCAAUCUUACUUCGUCCACUGUCAUUCAAUCUGAUACUAUCAAUCUUACUUCGUCCACUGUCAUUCAAUCUGAUAUUAUCAAACUUACUUCGUCCACUGUCAUUCAAUCUGAUAUUAUCAAUCUUACUUCGUCCACUGUCAUUCAAUCUGAUACUAUCAAUCUUACUUCGUCCACUGUCAAUCAAUCUGAUAUUAUCAAUCUUACUUCGUCUACUGUCAAUCAAUCUGAUAUUAUCAAUCUUACUUCGUCCACUGUCAAUCAAUCUGAUAUUAUCAAUCUUACUUCGUCCACUGUCAAUCAAUCUGAUAUUAUCAAUCUUACUUCGUCCACUGUCAAUCAAUCUGAUAUUAUCAAUCUUACUUCGUCCACUGUCAAUCAAUCUGAUAUUAUCAAUCUUACUUCAUCCACUGUCAAUCAAUCUGAUAUUAUCAAUCAUAGUGAGUCCAUUGUCAAUCAAUCUGAUAUUAUCAAUCUUACUUCGUCCACUGUCAAUCAAUCAGAUAUUAUUAUAAAUCUUACUUAAUAGUUUCGGAUCUGUCGUAAAUGGUCACGCUUUCCCCCCCUCCCUUUUUCCGUUCCACGGCAGUUGGUCGAAAAUGCCGCCCUUCAAUAAAAGGAAAAAAGCCCCCCCCCCUUUCCUUCCCACAGGAAAGGUGAUGAAGAUAUGCCUACAAAGCCAAAGGUGUGACUGACCAGUUCUGAAUUAAAACAUGACUGACCAGUUCUGAAUUAAAACAUGACUGACCAGUUCUGAAUUAAAACAUGACUACCCAGUUCUGAAUUAAAACAUGACUGCCCAGUUCUGAAUUAAAACAUGACUACCCAGUUCUGAAUUAAAACAUGACUGACCAGUUCUGAAUUAAAACAUGACUACCCAGUUCUGAAUUAAAACAUGACUACCCAGUUCUGAAUUAAAACAUGACUACCCAGUUCUGAAUUAAAACAUGACUGCCCAGUUCUGAAUUAAAACAUGACUGCCCAGUUCUGAAUUAAAACAUGACUGCCCAGUUCUGAAUUAAAACAUGACUACCCAGUUCUGAAUUAAAACAUGACUGCCCAGUUCUGAAUUAAAACAUGACUACCCAGUUCUGAAUUAAAACAUGACUGCCCAGUUCUGAAUUAAAACAUGACUGCCCAGUUCUGAAUUAAAACAUGACUGCCCAGUUCUGAAUUAAAACAUGACUACCCAGUUCUGAAUUAAAACAUGACUGCCCAGUUCUGAAUUAAAACAUGACUACCCAGUUCUGAAUUAAAACAUGACUGCCCAGUUCUGAAUUAAAACAUGACUGCCCAGUUCUGAAUUAAAACAUGACUGACCAGUUCUGAAUUAAAACUCGGCACUACACUGGACUGCUUAUGUCCAUACCGUUAGCCAGACCGUUAGCCAAACUCGGCCCUGGAAUCCUUAUACAGGCCCUAUUCGCCAGACUUGGCCCCAGGGCUGCUUAUACAGGCCCUAUUAGCCAAACUUGGCCCUGGACUCCUUAUACGGUCCCAAAUAGCCAGACUUGACCCUGGACUGCUUAUACAGGCUCUGUUAAUCAAACUAGGCCCUGGACUGCUUAUACAGGCCCCAUUAGCCAGACUUGGCCCUGGACUCCUUAUACUCCUCCUUGUAUGCAUGCUGUUAGCCAAACUUGGCCCUGGACUCCUCUUUUUCCUGGAUAUUAAUUAAAUUAGCAAUGGGUCACAAAUGGUGAGUUCCCAUUGGGAUUUCGCCAGUUAUUCUCCCUCCUCGCGAGGCAGACACGCUAGAUUCGAAUUCCAGGUUCGACCGCACGUGUUUAAAUUGUCACGCAAAUGUGUGUCAGAGCCACUAAUCCUCACACUUCCCAUCAGUUCGUGUUUUUUUUUCUUCUUAAAUUGAAACUGAAAUUUAUCAUGUUUCUUGUAUACUUCAAAUUCAGUUUUAUCAAGAACACUAUGGCGUCGAGGCUAGUAGGAGGGUCUUGUGCAGGGAUCUAACCACAAAAUGGCGUCGAGGCUAAUAAGGGGUCUUGUGCAGGGAUACAAAAUAGCAUCGAGGCUAGUUGGGGGUCUUGUGCAGGGAUGUAACCACGAAAUGGGGUUGAGGCUAGAAAAGGGGGGGGGGUGUCUUCGUGUAAGGAUUUAGCCACGAUGUGGGCUUGAUCCUUUUUAGGGGUUCUUUAUUUCGGUAAAGGGUCCGAAUGAGAGGCGUAUCCCUAAUGAAAGGGGGUUAUGACCCCGACUGUUUACUUCUAAAGUUUUACAAUAUUACUCCAGUAUUCCAAAUCCUUUUGAAAUGAACAUCAUGCUUUGAAGCCAGACGGCAUGCUUAUCUAUGCAACCACUUGUUGUUGUAAGGCUUGGGGGGGGGGGGGGUAGGUUAGGCUGGAAGUGUGUUCUCAUUAAAUUUAAAUAAUUAUGUUUGUUUUUUAUAACUCAGAAGAUUUUGUUCUUAAGGUUGUCAUAAAAAUAUCUUAAAAUUUAGACAUGGAAAUGUCUAUAACGGAUGUAUAAAAAGUGCUAAUAAUUAUUUUGUAUUCAUCUACCUCUUCUUACCUAAAAGGUGAUUUGUUAAAACUAAUUCUAUUACUUACAUAUGACAAAUGGCUCAUGCAAUCAGUCAACGUGGGUAUAUUGAUUUUAAACUUCCUUUUCUUCUUCUUUUUUAUUAAGUAGUGUCUCGAAGCUUUCCAGUGUUAUUUAAAAGCCUAAUGUGCAAAACAGUGUUAGCUUCACCUGAAUUCACUGAAAAUGCCCUCCGAGAAUUUCACUAAAACACGCGUGUUCUAACCUGAGGGAUAGAGAGUAGGGCGGAAACCAGUGUGAUGGCGUUAGAGAGUAGAUCAAUUUGGAUUUAUGUUUUCAAAAGACGCUUGGCCGACCCGUACUCUUUAACUUAAUGAAGGGGGAAAGUUUUUCGUUAAGAAAACGCUUCUUCUAACCCUACUCUCUAUCUCAAUAUUAAUAUAUGUCGUUAAGUCAAAUAUAUCCAAACCGAACUCUCUAACUCAAUGUGAACUUAUGUCAAACCAAACAUGUCCUAACCUUAACCUCCAAACCCAAUCAUUGGGAUACCAUUUUCAGCCGAAGAUUGCCGGCCUCAUUCGGGUCCCAGCCUUUCACCGCUGCCGGCCUAAACCCUUUCAUUACUGUUUAUCCGGCCUCAUCAUCAUUUACAGCAUGUGACGCAUUACCGGAUACCCCUGUGAUCCGGACAAGGGAGGACCUAUGCUCCCAGUUGUGCUUUAAAAAAAAAACAAUAGCGUGGCUGUGGGGUGGGGGUGAGGGAUUAAUGACCCCUAAUCUAGAUAGUCCCCAGGAUGUAGAUAUAUGGAUCGUAAAUAUACAACUUUUUUUUAAUGAUGUGAGCGAUUAAUCAAACAGAAGUUUUGAGUACAGGCAUUCAUACAAGGGCGCAAAACUAAACGGGAAAGAAAUAUAUUAAAGUGUAAACAUUAUGUUUCAAACAGUUAAUUUAAAAAUUAUUGCCGUUUAAAGGUCUUAUUUAGCGAAUGUAUGAUAAUCGGUUAUAUUAUUAGGGCAUUCUAUCGGGGGGGGACAAAUGGAAUUGGGUUUUGUAAAAAAAAAAAAAAUUAUAAAAAAUAAUAAAACGUUGAAGUUUUGGCAAUUUUAAAAAUAACAUUCUAUUAAAUAAACUUGAUAUAUUUUCUUUUUCAAUUGUCCUUAAAUGGUUCUUUUUUUAAAAAAAUAGUCUUAGCAGUGGCUUAGCUAGGAGUGUGGGGGUAACCGGGUGCACCAUCUCAGGGGGGAUGUGACUAUUUCCAGAGCACACACCGCUCAGUCCAAACGAAUUUCAUAAAAGGAAACACCAUUUUGACCAUUAUUCAACGCCGAUUGAAGUGUGCGGUAACUUUCAUCAAUGACAGGAAGCUAUAUAUAUAUAUAUAUAUAUAUAUAUGUAUCUAAUUUUCUGAGAAAUAAAGCUUUCCAUUGGUACCAAUGGGCGAUUCUAAUUUAAUGUUACAGUUCUUAAAUACAUUUACCUCCUGACCUGCAACAGAUUUGUUUUGUUUUUUUGUUCUUGUCAUUGUUAUACUGUGGACUUAUUUUAACGAGAAGAAAUCCAUAACGGAAGUCUUCAGGGAGGUGACACUACAUGCCGGACACCAGUUGCUUUAUCUCUUACAGCCGUGUCCUGUACACACAUUCGCUUACGUCUUUCUCAUAUAAAUGUGAUCCAAAAAUAGACCCCAAACUUUAAGCUUGUUUUUUUUUUUCUCAUCUAUGAAUUUCAGCGGAAUUGGUCCAGGAUGGUAUGGCUUGCUUUGUUGACGUCACUUCCGUCUUCGUCUUAAUUUGUUUUUUCUUCUUGAUCUCCCUUGUUUGUGUUAUGCAAGGUUGAGGUUACACGACCGUUUGGUCGUACACGUGUUUUGUACACAAAAAUAAAACAUUUCAUUAAAUAGUUUUAAAAGAAUGAAUUUUCAUGUUGUCACUAAUGCCAUUUAGUCUUGCAUUUGUUCUGAAAUAAUUUUUUUUUAAUGUUUCAUCAUGUCAACUUUAAAAAAAAAAAUAAUUUAACUUCUUUCAAGCUAUUCGCUGACAAAUGUGUGUCAUCAUUUGGGUGGGUGCUUGCAUAUUUUUGCGUAAAUUAUUUCAAGUACUUUUUGUAUUGUGAUAUUAUGAUAAUGUUUUUUGCUUUCAUUUUUUGGGGUGUUUGGUCUGAUGUUUUUUCAAGAAUGAUGGAAGCAAACAUAAUUUGCACCACUUUGAAAAAUGGUCACUUAUCAAUGUGUCAAGUCUAAACCUUUAUAGUUGACCAGGACAUCUAUCUGGACAUUUUUUCUUAUUUCAUCAAGGUGCUUGUUUGAAUUUUUUAUUUUUUUUUAAUAUUUUUUUUUUGCUUCUUUCAUUGAUUGGGUCUCAGGAUGCAAUAUUAUUAUUAUUUAAAAAAAGCUUUGUUAUAGCUAUCAAACAAUUGAUGAUUUCGAUUGCUUCUUUUAGCUCGAUAAGUCAGUUUCAAUAAUCACUUUUCAUUUGCCAUUUUUUUUUUAAAAUCCUUUAUAUCAAGUUCGCUUCCUGUCAACCUGUCGAGCUGAAACUUGGCGCAUUGACAGCUAGGGUUUGUUGAAUUGUUGUCCUUGGUAGCACCUUACUGCUAUAACGGAUAAUCAAAUUCAUGAAAUACCAAUUUGAAAUUAUUUGAAUACCAUUAAUUUUCCAUCUCAACAAAUAGGUUGGAAUGUUUUUGUUUUUUUAAUUCAUCUUUUAAAUGGGAGACUACUGGAAUAAUGGAAGACGGUCUUAGUUUAAAUUUUAAUUAUAAAAAAGGGGCAUUGGAAUUAAUAAAAAUAGAUUGAGUUAUUUCCUCUUUUUCAUUGGACACGUUGGUAAUUUAUUGAAACGCCUAGCAUGUAUUUGCAUUGUAUUACCAUUUUUACAACUUAAAGUUUUCUGAAUGAAAUUUUUUUUUUUUUACUAAUUGCAUAAAUAUUUGGCUUAAAUUUUUAUCUCUUGUAUUUUAGCCUGAUAUUUCUUUGUCUCAAUUUCGUUAUUCUGAACGUACGUCUCUCAAGAUUGUUCUUCUGAAUGUCUCCGUCUCAAGUUUGUUACUCUCAAUGUUCGUGAUUUAACUUUUGUUAUUCUGAAUGUCUUUGUCUAAAGUUUUGUUAUUCUGAAUGUACGUGUCUCAAGUUUGUAAUUCUGAAUGUCUUCGUCUCACGUUUGUCAUUCAAAAUUUCCUAGUUUCAAAUUUGUUCUUCUGAAAAGAUUUGUCUCAAGUGUGUUAUUCUGAAUGUCUUUUUUUUUCUUUUAAAUUUGUUCUUCUGAAUGUCUUUUUCAAGGAAAACAAAUAAAUAAAACCCGAUUAAAAAAAUGUGUAAAACAAUAACUAAAUGAUAACCCUAAAUCUUGCGUCAGCUAUGGAUAUUUGUGAUGCAAUCCACUAAUAAGUAAUGCCAUAUCAGGACAACAACAACAAAAUUGUUUUGCAAUGUUAAUCAUGACAUUAGGUGUACUAACCAGACCGUUGUGUUGUUCAUACAAAGCGCCAGCAUAAACCUUGUGUAGUGAUCCCUUCCCCGUGUUUAUCUUUCUUGUAGUUCCCUUCAGUUUCCGGGUCAUGGGGCGACUGAUUCCCCGUGUUUAUCUUUCUUGUAGUUCACUUCCGUAUCCGGGUCAUGGACCAGCACAAGCCCCGUACACUGUCGCCACCCUCCUCGGGGAACACCUUCUGGCAGAUCGAGGCUGAGACGAGCAUCUUGUACG